AUGCAAAUAUUUGCAAUCAGAAUCUUAAUCGUCGUUUUUUACAUUGAAAAUAUAUGUUUCUCAUCUGGAUUUACCAAUUUAGCAAAGCAAACAAAUCGCCAAAAUGAAACAAAUUCUUAUGGAACACAUCGAAAACGAAAGAAUAAGGAAAGUAGUGAGUCGUCAUCUGAAUCAGAUUCUCAAUCCGAUGAAAAUUUUGACAACGCUGGUGACUACUACGGUAGUUUGCAUAUUUCGAAAAUUGCAAGUGGAUUUGUUAAUAAAAAGACUUUUGAAUGUCCUCGCGUUAAAACAACUCUACACACUGGUGAUAACGUUGCUAAUUUGUCACCAGAGGAUAUCAAUAUUAUAGCAGCUCUUGGCGAUUCUCUUGCAACAGGCCAAGGGCUUUGGCUUGGAACUAAUAUCAAUUUCCGUGGAGCAGCGUUUCCCAUUGGUGCUGAUGCUAAUAUCGAUGGCCUUGUAACAUUUCCAAAUAUUUUACUCGAAUUUAAUGAAAAGUUAUAUGGAGUGUCACAUGGAAUGGGAACUCGUGAACAACUUCCUGACUACCAGUUAAAUUGUGCAGAAGAUGGAGCCAAGACUAGUGAUUUAUUUGAUCAAGCCAAACUUUUAAUACAUCGUUUAUAUCAAAAUGAAGGGAAAAAAGAUCGUCUGAAGAAUUUUUGGAUUAUGGUAACUAUAGUUGUUGGUACUGAAGAGGUUUGCCCUACGUAA